GUAUGUAUGCAUGCGUUCAAAGAGGAGCUCCUCAUGCUGGGCUGUCUUGUUUAAGAGGCUGCUUACAUGGGAGGAUUUCAACAUCUUUUUCCAAGACAUGAACAAAAGCCAAUUUCUACACAAACUGACCUUCACGCUGAUUGAGCAGAAUGUCAUCUUCUCAGGAAAAUGGCUACUAGCAUGCGUCAACCGAGCGCAGACCUUCAGCCAGGCAACGCCAGCUGUAAUGUCUCCUCCUUGACGUGCCUGGACAACAACCUGCAGUUGCCCACCUUCACCACGGCCGCCAAAGUCCGGGUGAUCAUCACCUUCAUCCUGUGCGGCGUGUCGGCUUUCUGCAACCUGGCCGUGCUGCGUGCGGCCUACGUCGACGGGAAACGGAAGUCCCACGUCAGGGUGCUGAUCAUCAACCUGACGCUGGCCGAUCUGCUGGUGACCUUCAUCGUGAUGCCGGUGGACGCCGUGUGGAACAUUACGGUACAAUGGCUGGCAGGAGAUGUCGUCUGCCGGGCGCUGAUGUUCCUCAAGCUCCAAGCCAUGUACUCUGGCGCCUUCGUCACUGUGGUUAUCAGUCUGGACCGCCAGUCGGCCAUCCUGAACCCCCUGGCCAUCAACGAAGCCAGGAAGAGGAACAGGUGCAUGCUAGUGGCGGCGUGGACCAUGAGCAUCUUGCUGUCUGUCCCUCAGAUAUUCCUGUUCCACAAUGUGACCAUCAAGCAUCCCGAGGACUUCACCCAGUGCACCACACGUGGAAGUUUUGGGAGACGCUGGCACGAGACAGCGUACAACAUGUUUACCUUCUCGUGCCUUUUCCUGCUGCCGCUGGCCAUCAUGAUCACAUGCUACACCAGGAUCUUCUGUGAGAUCUCCAGGCGCCUGAAAAGGGACAACAUACCCUCCAGUGAAGUACAUUUGCGCUGCUCCAAGAACAACAUCCCCAGGGCUCGCAUGAGAACCCUGAAAAUGAGCAUUGUGAUCGUGCUGUCCUUCAUCAUCUGCUGGACUCCCUACUACCUGCUGGGUCUGUGGUACUGGUUCUUCCCAGACAACCUGGAAGGGAAGGUCUCCCACUCGCUGACCCACCUCCUGUUCGUCUUCGGGCUAGUAAACGCCUGCCUGGACCCGCUCAUCUACGGUCUCUUCACCAUUCACUUCCGCAAGGGCCUUCGCAAGUUCUACUGCAGAUCGGAAGCCACCGUAGACACAGACGUUAACACGAUAAUUGCCAGAUUCGCCAGUAGCGCAAACCCGCUGAAACGAGAGGUCAGCUCCAGCCCCCAGGAUAAGUUCAUGAUGUGCUGCGAUAAUGACAGCUCAAUUACAGGAGGCGGUGUUCUAACGACACAUAACACUGCAGAGACAUACCUGGAGAGCGCCAUGUGAAUACAAAUCUGACAAUGUGCUUACGUAACGCGACAAAUCCACAUUUAUGCUGUGACAUCAUGUACUGUAUUUCAGGGAUGUCAUUUCAAGACAAUUCUUUUGUUUCCAACUUUGUGAGUAGUCUGAAGAAGGGCCUUUUCUGAAAGCCUGUGGACAAAGCAAGGUCUAUGAAGGAGUGUUUGGGUGAGUUUACUGUAGAUGAACAUAAAAGUCGCAUCCUUAGAAUAAAGAUUAUCAGCCAAGGAAAGUAAGGAUAAUAGAAUCUAUUAACAUUUUCAAAUACACAGACUAUUUUUAAAAACUAAUACCAUUUAUGAUGUAAUUUACUUAUAUUAAAACUUUUUAAGUACCUGUAUAGUGAUAAAAAUUUGAAUAUUUAAAAUUUGAAAAAACAUCACAGAAGAAAUUACUAAUAAUAAUAACAUAUGCAAAUAAUAUCUAACCAUUAUAUACAAAACACAUAUUUGCAAGUCCUAUUUAAAAAAUAAUUAAAACUAAUAUUAAAAUGUAUUUUAAAAUUGCUCAAAGUUUCACCAAAAAAUACAAAUAAAAUCUCAAAAUAUUAAAAAAUGUAAAAAAAUUGUUUACAAAAAGUCACAAAACAUUUUCAAAAAAUACACAAAACAUUGAAUAAAGUAAAAAAUCAAUUACAAAAAGUCCUCAAUAACAAAAUCUAUACAUAAAGAAAUCAAGUAUGCUAAAAAAAAAUAAAUAAAAAACAACAAUAAAUCAAAAACAACACAUCUAAAAAAAACAAACACUAUUUUUGGGGGGAAAACAUAGCCUAGUCCUAAAAUUUUCUAAUUUCUAAAAUUUCCUAAUUUUCCAAUUAGAGAAAAAAGAGUGCAUUAUUAAAGAGUCUGUGUGUGCUCUGCAACAUUGUAAAUUGUGGUAUCGCUGAUUAAAAGUGUGGACUGUGACUCUGCCGUUCCUUUCAGGUAGACAGAACAAGACAUAGCACACGGUAAUCACCCACACUGCAACACUGAACACAACUCUGCACUGAUCCUCUGCAUAGAGCUUAUCAGCAAACACGCUUCGGGCUUGGCACCUUGAGGGGGCGCUGAGUCAAUUCUCAAAUGUAACGUUUGUUGUUGUCCUCCCCCCAUUGGAAUGCAAUGGGAUUGGUAUGUGAAAGCUAUAAUGAACUGAAUUUAUUCUCUCUUUACAUCACAAAAGCAAUUCAAUGUUAAUGCAAAUAGCAGAAUAUGCCUUAUGAUCCGCACACAUCACACACAAAACAGUCAAAGGACAUCUGCAUAGCCACAUAGCUACUCUUUUAAAGGGGAAGUGCACUUUUGUGAGGGAAUUUUGCCCAUCAUUCACAACCAUUAUGAGAAACAUGAACACAUUUCACCAACAAUGUUGCAUUUACACAACUGACCUGUACA